UUUUUUUCGAAGUUUUGAGCUUAAUGUUCAAGUGAAGAGAAUUUGAAACAACCUGUUUUUAAAGUGUGGUUUUCAAUAUAAAACUUGUCGCGUUUGCCGAAAAAAGAUGUCAGGAUUUAGUGAUUUACUUCAGCAAGCCGAACAGCUGACGGCGGACAUUGAGAGUGGUGGCGAGCUUCCGAGGAUAGAGAGAAACCUGCAUCAAUUGGCAGAAGCAGGUGACCGACUGUGGAAGAAAACAACAGGGGGGGCUGGCGACGAUGCUGAUGCCAGAGCGUCUAUACUGCUCGGUUCCAAAGACUUUGAUUUACCGAAGUUGUCAGAAAAGUUAGAUAAUCUUAGUACGGCCAAUACCUUUGAGCCAUUGGAACCAAUCAGAGAUGCGGACAUUCAGGGAUUUUUGAGAAAUGAAAGGGAAAAUGCUAUCUUGGCUGCAAUAGAAGAAUCCAAAAAGAAUGUAUGCUUGCAAGAACCAAGUUGGCAAUGAUAGACCACAAUGUAAACACUGGCAGAAAACAAGCACAAGUUCAAUGUGGAAAGCAGCAAGGGGAAAAGCGAUAUAAUAUCGUGUUCCCAAAAGGGCAAAAAAUUGGGUAGCCAAGCCAAUUAUGGCGAGUAAGUCAUAUUGUUUUGUGCAAGGUAUGAUGGAAGAUGUCUGCUGUUUUAAUGUAAAAAAUGUACAUAACAAGAUUUCUUUAUCAGCAAACAUUCCAAGAAAUAUUGCACCUAUAGAAAAGCCAAACAAAGAAAGUGUUAUACAAGCACACAAAUCAAGAAUGGGUAAACAGUCCUCAAAAAUAGUUAUGUAUAUAUCAAUAUUUAUAAUUAAUAAUAAGAGAAUCUCUAAUAGUAAAGUAGCCCAAUUUUUUGUUUUGCUAUGCAAAUUCAUUAGCAAAGGCACUUUUCAAUUAUGUACACCAAAAUCCUUGCAUAGCACAAAUAAAGAGUGGUUUGGCUUGGCCAUUAUAA